UCCCCCCCUCCCGCUUGUCCUCGCCCCCCCUUCACCACCACCACCACCACACUCACGCUUCCCACCUCCUCUCAGCCUCCCAGCCUCUCGUCUUUCUGGAACUGCAGCAGAGAAGCCGUUUCAUCGUCAAGAAACAAGAAAUCUCGCCACGAUACCUACUGUACUACCUCUGCUGCUGUGCCGAUAGGAAGUCGGGGAGCGGACACUAAAGACUCAGAAAGCUCGGUGCGAUGCGUCUCUUUACAUUGCUUAUGGUCUCUUCUCCUGAGCUCUGACAGGAUUGAGGAUCUUUCGUAUUUGAGAUCAACUGUCUCCAUGUCAGCACUGUCUGGCUAAUCCCAUCCGAUCAUUAAUUAAUCAUCAGUGUCCUGGCAGCUGACUGACUUUUCAACACUAAUAAACUGCCUUAAGUCUUGCUAAGCCUGGAAACAGGAGAACAUAAAGAAAACAAAGAGAUUACAUUUAUUGUACCUGGUGGAAAAAAAAGCUGAACAGAGCUGAAUUAAAAGACUUUUAGUAUCAGCUAUCUCUGUGCCAAGAUGGAUGAAACACAUAACAACAGGACUUCCUUGGUCAGAGGUGCCAAGGACAUUGCUAAAGAAGCCAAAAGGCAAGCUGCCAAAAAUUUCAGCAAAGCUGUUGAUCGUGCCUCAGAUGAAUAUUUAGCUCAUCGCAGCUACAAUCGUUUUCAGAACGAGGAUGAAGAAGAGGACAACUACAACAAUUACACUCAGCAAGACGGUCACUAUGCUGACAACGGAGCCAAUGACGACGAUGGGGCCUCGAGUGAUGCCACGGAGGGCCAUGACGAUGAGGAUGAGAUCUACGAGGGGGAGUACCAAGGUGUACCUGCCUACAACGAGGGGAAGCCACAGGACGGUCAGGUGGCUCUGGGCCAGCCAGUUUCUGACAGCCUGAAGAGCCGCAAGGAGCUGGAAAAUGAGAGGCAGGCAGAUGAGGAGGAGCUGGCCCAGCAAUACGAGCUGAUCAUGCAGGAGUGUGGCCACGGGAGAUUCCAGUGGCAGCUGUACUUUGUACUCGGGCUGGCGCUCAUGUCAGAUGGCGUGGAGGUGUUUGUAGUGGGCUUUGUCCUGCCCAGUGCGGAGACAGACAUGUGCGUCCCCAACUCUGGUGCCGGAUGGCUCGGUAGCAUCGUGUAUCUGGGGAUGAUGUUUGGAGCCUUUUUUUGGGGCGGCCUGUCAGACAAGGUUGGCCGUAGGCAGGUCCUGCUGAUAUCCAUGUCUGUCAAUGGCUUCUUCGCCUUCCUCUCUUCCUUUGUCCAAGGCUACAGUAUGUUCCUCUUCUGCCGCAUGGUGUCUGGCUUUGGGAUCGGUGGAGCAGUGCCGAUCGUAUUCUCGUACUUUGCUGAGGUCUUGGCUCGGGAGAAGAGAGGAGAGCAUCUGAGCUGGCUAUGCAUGUUCUGGAUGAUCGGAGGAAUUUACGCCUCAGCCAUGGCUUGGGCCAUCAUCCCACACUACGGCUGGAGUUUCAGCAUGGGCUCGGCCUACCAGUUCCACAGCUGGAGAGUGUUUGUGGUGGUGUGUGCGCUGCCGUGUGUCUCUGCAGUGGUAGCUCUCACUUUUAUGCCUGAGAGCCCCCGUUUCUACCUGGAGGUGGGUAAACACGACGAGGCCUGGAUGGUGCUGAAACACAUCCAUGACACCAACAUGCGCGCCCGUGGAGAACCUGAGAGAGUGUUCACUGUGAACAGGAUAAAAAUCCCCAGACAGCUGGACGAGCUGGUGGAGAUGCAACGUGACUCAGCCAACCCUGCACUCAAAAUCCUCUUCAAAAUCAAGACUGAGUUCAGAGGAAUCUGGUUGAAUUUGAUUAAAUGCUUCAGCUACCCAGUGAAAGAAAACACAGUGAAACUGGCUGCCGUCUGGUUUACUCUGUCUUUUGGGUACUACGGGCUGUCUGUGUGGUUCCCGGAUGUCAUCAAGCACCUUCAGGCCGAUGAAUAUGCCUCCAGAGUGAAGAUUCACAACAACGAACGCACUGAAGACUUCACCUUCAACUUCACCCUGGAGAACCAGAUCCACAGAAACGGGGUCUUUCUGAACGACAGGUUUAUCGGUAUGAAGUUCAAGGCGGUCACGUUCAUUGAGUCAUCUUUCCUCAACUGCUAUUUUGAAGAUGUCUCCUCAGUAGGAUCCUCCUUCAAAAACUGUACCUUUGUAGACUCCUUCUUUUACAACACGGAUAUCGACGAUGCCAAGUUAACAAAUUCAAGGGUGAUCAACAGCUCCUUCCACCACAACAAGACAGGCUGUCAGAUGACGUUUGAUGAUGAUUACAGCGCCUACUGGGUCUAUUUUGUCAACUUCCUGGGAACACUGGCUGUGUUGCCCGGGAACAUCAUCUCUGCCCUCCUCAUGGACAAAAUAGGACGCCUUAGCAUGCUAGGAGGCUCCAUGGUGCUUUCAGGCAUCAGCUGCUUCUUCCUUUGGUUCGGCACCACCGAGUCGAUGAUGAUCUUCAUGCUCUGUCUCUACAACGGCCUCAGUAUCUCUGCCUGGAACUCGCUGGAUGUGGUCACCGCUGAGCUGUAUCCAACUGACAGGAGGGGCACAGGCUUUGGUUUCUGUAAUGCCAUGUGUAAGCUGGCAGCGGUGCUGGGCAACCUGAUAUUUGGCUCGCUAGUUGGCAUCACCAAAGCUAUCCCCAUCCUGCUGGCAUCAUCUGUGCUGGUUGGCGGCGGCCUGGUGGGGCUCCGACUGCCAGACACGCGUGCCAAUGUCCUCAUGUAAACCUCAGCACCAGGUGUUUACUCAGUGUAGUGAAUAAUGAUUCACUUAUGUACCACAGUAUGGUUUAUUUGAAUAUCACCAAUGCAAACACUGCUUUCAUGAUUCUUGGCACUUAUUAUUUGAUAAAUAUUGUUGUCUAUGUUCACAAACUCAAAUACCAGGACAAGUGAUUGUUAUUCUGUUAUUUCUGGGUAAAACACCUGGUAACAUAGGAUACUGGAAUGCAGUUUAACUUAACAGAGCUGAAGAUAUAAAGAGUUUGAAGACUAGAGUCAAAGUUGGACACAUCUAGGUGUUCUCAGAGACUGGUUACCAAUGUCCUGGGUAACUUCAAGGCUACUCUUGGGAAACGAACUAGAUGUAUUAGUGGUGAUAAAACUCUGUAUAUCAGCAGCUUACUAUCUACCAUGGGCCGUUCUACACAUGCAACCCACAAAUGCAUAUGUUAAAGCUGCAAAAGACUUGGACGUCCAACAGCCUUCCAUUUACAAAUCUGUUCAGUCUUGCUCACAUUAAAGGAAUAGUUUGAGAAAUACACAUUUGCUUUCUUACUGAGAGACAGGAGAUACUGAUACUCUUUUCUCUGUAGAAUGAAUAUGAACAGUGGUGGAGAGUAACUAGAUAGUUUUACUCAAGCACUGUACGUAAGUACAGUAUGGAGGUACUUGUACUUAAGUAUUUUUUAUUUUAUUUAUUUCAGCUGAUUUAUACUUGUACUCUAGUGCAGUUCAGAGGCAACUCUACUUUUUACAUGUGCCACAAUAAGAGUAGUUUACACUACAUUUAUUUUAUAGUAAUUAUUUGAGUUACUCUGCAGAGUUAAUCUAAUAAUAAACAUAAAAUCAACAAAUAAUUGAUAGGUUAAAAUUAAUUUGAAGAUAAAAACUUGAUUGAUCCUGCAUACACAAGCUACACUGCAUUAUGGAAAGAAAUAAAAACUAGCCCCACUUUUCCUAGUUGCAUGAAACAACAUUAAAGUGAUGCACACAUUAAUGCAUCUGUAGUUAUGUCAAGAAUACAUCAAUACAGUAUAUUACUCUGAAUUUUGCCAUUUUCCAUUAUGAGUGCUUUUACCUUUGGUACCCAAGUAGAACAGCUGAGUUGAUGACUGUGCCACUGCUACUUUAGCUUAAGUAAAACACGUGAAAGCCUCUUCCACCACUGAAUAUGAAGAUUCAGCUACUGUAGCAGCUGUUUAGCUUAGCUUAGCAUAAAGACUGGAAGCAGAUAGAAACAGCUAGCCUGGCUCUAUCCAAAGCUAACAGAAUGAAAGCAAUGCCAGCCUCCUACAGUAGCACCUAUAAACCACAACAUAUUAAUUCUACACCUGGGUUUUUGCAUGGAUUGAUCAAUUGAGAUGUAAUGUACAGGAACAGGAAGUGGCAAGCUAUCCCCCUUGUUUUCAGUCAUUAUGCUAAGCUAAGCUAAGUUUAUUUAUUGUACAACCACACCACUGAUAUGAAUCUCCUCAACUAGCUCUAAGCUACAAAGGGGAGUUUUCAACAAUAUGUCAAACUAUUCCUUUAAGUCCAGAUCAUUUUGUAACAGUUGUGUAUUUGUGAUUAUGAUUAUUUAUUUUUGUAUUUAUUUAUUUUGUAAUUUAUGUUUGUUAAUUGCUGCUUCUUUACUGAGCUGUUCUGUUUCCUGGCCGCUGUUUCUAAACUUGUGAUCGAUAUUCCACUAAUGUUGGUGACGUUCAAGCUUUUUGCUGCAGUUUGCAAGAAUGACAAGGCCAUAAAAAAUAAUCAAUAAGAAUAAAGUAGUUUAGUGAAAACCGGCGACUUCAGCAGCUACAUUUAUAAAGUGAAGAGAAGUUUACAUUUUCUGCUUUUUACAGUAAGAGACUUUUGAGAUUGGAGGCCUGUUGUUUGACUGCUUCCUCUCCCCCUCUCUCGUGUCGUGUUGUGUUCGUCUCGUGGCACUGAGCUCACCGUGAAGGGCUUUGCUCUCCAUUGCAAGCUGAUCUGUCAAGAACAGUUUAUACUGUAGGAAACCUCUGCUGUUUCUCACAAUCUGUCUCAGUUUCCUCGUAGUGUCUCUCGCCCUGUCUCGUGCUCUUGCCCUGUUUAUCUCCUCCCGCCUUGCUGCUGCACCCUCUGAAACUCAGAGGCCUUUCUCAGAUGUUGUGCCUCUCUCUCUCUCUCCAGUAAUCCCGUCUCUCCUUCCAAACCUUGCUGGAAGCUUUGCUGCGUUAUUCUGCUUUUUUUGGCCUUCCACCUUGAUAGAGCAGUAUGUGCUGUAUGUCUGUGGUGGAUGAGUGUGUGUGUCCAGACAAAUCUCAUAUGUAGAAAGCCAAGGUUUGUAUUUUUCAAAAAAAUAUUUUUUUCUUAUACUAAGGUUCUGGGUUUUUUGGAGGAGUUGACCCCCAUCAUAAAGUGAAAUUAAAAGCCAUGUCUAAAUGGUCACUUCAUGCAAAUGAUAAAACAAA